AUGGGAUAUUUUCUUAUGUUCAUUUAUGCGGGUUGGACGCAACUGAAAUGGGACGGUUGCUGGUUUGCUGUGGAUUCUUCGGUCGGCCUGAGCAUUCUUGGUGUAUUCCUGGUCACUUAUGCCAGUAUAUCUGGCCUUGGCCUCUCAUCUUAUAUUGGAAUUCACUUUAAUGCUGCAACAACACAGAUAGUACCGUUUUUAACACUGGGACUUGGUGUUGAUGAUAUGUUCUUGUUGCUGCAUAACUACAACGAUGUCCUUCAUACUGUAAAGAAUAAUGAAAUAGGUGUACUAAUGAAAGAAACGGGUAUGAGUAUUGUAAUUACAUCUGUAAAUAAUAUUAUUGCAUUCAUGGCUGGCACUCUGUUGCCCAUUCCAGCACUGAGGUCAUUCUGCUCACAGACAGCAAUUUUGCUAACAUUCAAUAUGGUGGCUAUAAUGGUUAUAUAUCCGGCUAUGAUAGCACUUGAUCUUCGAAGGCGACGUUCCGGGCGUCGUGAUUUGGGGUGUUGCUGUAUGGGAAGCCCUGCCGAAGCUAAAAAGCUUGGUGCAGAAUCUCUAGAAAUUACAUCCGGAAAUCGUACAGUGGGCGACUUAUCCAUAGCCGGUCACCUUUAUCCAGUCCCGCCGCCUGCGCUGAUGCUGAAGAAAGCUGGUUACGAUGAUGACGGUGAUGAGAACAAGAAGUGGUAUACACUAACCGGCUUUCUUCGCUACUACUAUAUUCCGUUUUUGGAAAGACCAUUAACGAAGUUAAUGGUGAUCGUGGCAUGCUCGUCGAUGUUCCUGUUCGGUUGUCUCGGUUUGUAUCAGUCCACGCUUGGCUUGGAACUGUCGGAUGUUUUGCCGGAAGGAACUGCACCUGCAGCAUUUUUGCGUGCCCGUGAGCAAUAUUUCAGUUUCUAUCCGAUGUAUGCGAUUUUGAAAGGCAAUGAAAUUGAUUUUCCUGAGCAACAAGAACAAAUCGAGCAAUACCGUUUGGAUAUUGCAAAAUCGAAUUACGUGAUCAAAGUGAAUGGGCAUCCAAGCGAGGAAUACUGGAUGUCGAUGAUGAGAGCAUGGCUAAAUUCAAUCCAAAAGCAUCUUAAUGAUGCUCUCAAGAAAGGCGACAUUGAUCCGGUAACUGGCCAAAUCAAACCUGGCGCUAAGAUUUCCGAGGAAGCGAAGAUUGCACGACGGUUGGUGUGCUCAUACGGCAACAAUUACAACUGCACUGGAAGAAUUAGCAAGAUAAAGCUGGUGAAUGGUGCUGGUUGGAUCAAUGCUGAUGGAUUUUAUAACUAUCUAACAGCUUGGUAUAACGUCGACAAUAUGAUGUACUACGAAAUACGUAGUAUUUGUGACCGGUAUACAGAUAUGGGUUUGCCGAAUUUUCCAUCCGGCAUCGCUUUUACAUUUUGGGAGCAAUAUCUUUACCUGAGGUAG